UUCAGGCGGUACGGGUUUCUUACUCUUAAUCAUGCACACCCCCUGACACCCCCAUCUCUCUCCCUUGUCAGAAUUUUCCUUCCAAAACUGUAACGGCAUAAUCCUCUCACAGAUUUCACUCCUCAUGUCAUAAGCGUUAUUUUGCAGAGGUGAAUCAGUUACCACUCUGUGUCAGAAGGAUCACGCUUUUGGAUCAUCACAUGAGGAAUGGAGUUCGUGGGUAGGACUUUGAAGAAACGAUUUCAAGGGUUUGGGACUUUCUCUGGUGUUGUGGAGUCAUAUGAUUCUGCUUCUGGGCUUUUCAGAAUUAUUUAUGAAGAUGGUGAUUCUGAGGAGUUAGAGCUUGGUGAGGUUGAUUUGAUUUUGAAGGGAAUCGAUGUCGAUGAAGCUGAUAAACCUGUAGAGAAGAGAAGACGUGGGCGGCCCAAGAAACGGCGUCGGAAAGAGGCUGGAGCUGUAGUUCGUGAAGGUUCAGGUAAUUCUGUUGAUAGUUUAGUGAAUGAUCGUUGUUCUAGGGAGGGUUCUGAAGAUAACGAGCGUGGGGGAUUUUCAGGAAUCUUAGAUAAGGAAUGUGGGUUGAGUGGGAAUUUGAAGGAGAGUGUCUCUGCCAACGGUAACCUAAGCGAGAGUGUUUCUGGUUACGGGGUUUUAAGGGAAAGUUUUAAUUCUGAUGGGUUGAAUCCAAAUGUUUCUUCUGAUGAAUUUUUGAAGAAAUUUUUUUAUUCUGAUGAGAAUUUAGAGGUAAAUGAUUCUGUUGGAUCUGGGAAAGGAACUCAGAAGGUAAGAUUUGCUUUUGAUUUGAAUAGUGUCUCUCUUGAAGAAACGGAGGUGGAGAAUAAUAUUUCUGAAGGUGAUUUGUUAAAUAGUACUUCUGUUGAGACAAUUGAAGAAAACCAGAGGAAGAAAUAUUUUGUUGACGGGAAUCCUAAAGAAAUGACUUCGCAUGGAAGUUUGAAGGACGAAGUUUGUGGAGCUACGGAAGAAACCCAAGUGAAUUAUAGUACUGGCCUUGCGGACCAAGUGAUGGGCAAUACCUGUUUAGGGAUGGAUGAUGGAGUUCAGAAGGAAGAUGCUGGUCUUGGUAGAGAACUGGAGAGGGAGGCUGUUCGAGGUUUAGAAUCCACCUCAGUAAAGGGCUGUACUUUUUCCAUGCUUCAAUUGGAGGAGGACAAUUCCCAUGCAGGUUCUGCAAACAAGGGGAGUGAAAAUGAUUUGGGAUGCCCAAAUAAGGAGGGACCUAGUCAGAAGAAAAGAAAAAGGCUUUCUGAAAAUUCAAAGUCUACUGCAGACACUCUGCUGAGAAGGAGUACCCGCAGAGCAAGAGCUUCUUUCGCUUCAACGAAUCAUGCCUUGAGCACGGAGGGGUUACAUGAAUUCAAUAUGCCUGCAGUUAAAAGUGUUUCAGAUGGGAAUCCUGUUAGCAUAGGCUGUAUUGGACUUGAGGAGCCAAGCCAUCUUCCUCCAAAGCUGGCGCUACCGCCUUCGUCCAAAAAUCUGAAUUUAGACGAGAUUCCUAUUCUUGAUCUUUUCUCCGUUUACUCCUGUUUGAGGUCAUUCAGUACUUCACUAUUUUUGAGUCCAUUUGACUUGGAAGCUUUUGUAGCAGCUGUAAAAUGCAAGUUUGCUAAUUCACUAAUUGAUUUUAUUCACUUUUCUAUCUUGCAAACUUUGAAAUUGCAUUUGGAGUUUCUUUCUAAGGAGGGACCUGAAUUGGCUUCAAAUUGCCUGAGGGUUCUUAACUGGGAGUUUCUGGACAUAAUUACAUGGCCUGUUUUUCUGGUUGAGUACCUACUAAUUCGUGAUUCUAGAUUAAAACCUGGUUUUGAUCUAUGUCAAUUGAAGCUUAUUGAUGGUGACUACUAUAAACAGCCCGCAGCUCUAAAGGUUGAGAUACUUCGGUGUUUAUGUGAUGAUGUCAUUGAGGUGGAAGCCAUAAGGUUGGAGCUUAAUAGAAGAAUGCUGUCAUCGGAGCUUGAUUUGGAUGUUGACAGGAAUAUAAGUUUUGAGGUUUACAAGAAGAAGAAGGACCCAGUUGAUGAUUUGGGUGGUUCUUGCUUGACUCAGGAGAUGGUGGUUAAUGAAACCAAUGACUGGAAUAGUGAUGAAUGUUGUCUGUGUAAGAUGGAUGGAAGCUUAAUAUGCUGUGAUGGUUGCCCUGCUGCUUAUCAUUCAAGAUGUGUAGGAAUUUUAAAGGAUCUUCUGCCAGAGGGUGAAUGGUACUGCCCUGAAUGUGUGGUAGGCAAACGGGAUCUCCAGAGAAAGUCACCAAGAUCUCUCCGUGGAGCGGAAAUUCUAGGAGUUGAUCCUUAUGGACGGGUAUAUUUUGGCAGCUGUGGCUACUUGUUGAUGUUUGAUUCAUGUGAUACAAACUGUUCAUACUAUUAUUACCACAAGAACGAUUUGGAUGCUGUUAUUGAAGUCCUCAAAUCAUCAGAAAGUCUUUAUGGUGAAAUAAUAAAAGCAAUCUCAAUGCAUUGGGACAUAUCCAUUAAUUCAGCUGGAGUUAAAGACCACCCGGGCCUCCAGUCUCUUGCUGCAUGUACUGAUGCGGAAAUGGAGCCUCGAGUCUCUGCCCUCCAUUUGUCCUCAACAAUGCCAGUUUCAGAGAUGGAAGAAACUAAGAAAGAGGCUAUUGAUGAAAGGAAGCCAAAUGAAAAUGGUGUUACAACUGAUGGCUUUCAUCAGCACGUUUCGGAGUCUGUUAGCCCUUUUGAUUCAGUAACCACGAACCAGUUUAUAGAGAUGACAAGUCCAUUUGCAAGGUCUGAGGGCUCUUCAGAUAUUUCGAAUGCUGCUGCAGGCAUUCAGGUGUCUCAAAAACCUGAAGUAGAUUUCUCUGAUAAAUCUGCUUCAACCAAACAGGAGAGUAAUUCUGAAUCUACGUUUCCUGAAGGGACGUUAGCUCAAAUGCAGUUUGAACCUGGUUGUUAUGUUAACUAUUACUAUUUUGCUCAGAUAGCAGCAUCUGUUGCUGAAGAGCUAAUGUGUAAAUCACAUGACAACAUAAAUGAUGAUGCCAAAAGAUCCACUGAGGAAAUAAUUUCAGCCCAGUUAAAGAUCAUUUGUAAAAAGUCAUCAAGAUUUUGUUGGUCAAACAUGGAGCGGUUAUAUUCAAAUGGACAGAAAGAAAGUUGUGGUUGGUGCUUCUCUUGCAAAAGUCUAUCUGAAAGUGGGAGAUGCUUGUUUAACAUGAGUUCUCAUGAUAGUCGUAAAAGUGAGGCAAUUGGUCUUUGUUCUAAGAUAAACCAGAAAAGCCAUCUUAUUGAUGUCAUUUGUCAAAUUCUCUUCAUUGAAGAACGCUUGCGCGGGCUUCUAUCAGGUCCGUGGCAGAAUCCCCAUCAUAUUAAUCUAUGGCGUAAAAGUGUUCUUAAAGCAUCUAAUGUUGCAGCAGUGAAAUGUCAGCUUCUCAAUCUUGAGUCAAAUUUGCGGCGGAUUGCACUAUCAGGAGAGUGGUUGAAACAGGUGGAUUCUGUUGUUCCAAUGGGUUCAGCUUCACAUGUAUUGGCAACUGCAGUAAAUGUUUCCUCUAAGCAUGGGAUCAGAGGAAAACGAGCCAGAUUUUUGGAUGCUGGUUCCAUCUCUUAUUCAAUUGCUGCUGCCAAAUCAGGUAUCUUCUGGUGGAGGGGUGGAAAGCUGUCACGCCAAGUUUUCCAUUGGAAGGUCUUGCCUCACUCCUUAGCUUCCAAGGGAGGCCGACAAGCUGGCUAUAAGAAGAUACUGGGAAUAUAUUAUGCUGAUGGUACAGAGUUAGCUAAGCGAAGUAGAUACAUUGCUUGGCGAGCUGCUCUGGAGAUGUCAACAAGUGUCCCACAGCUUGCUUUACUGGUUAGAGAGCUUGAUUCAUAUAUUAGAUGGGAUGAGCUUGAGAACAAUCAAGUUCUUUCUCUCUUAUCAAAGGAAUCUGGAAAAUUAAUGAGGUCAUUCAAGAAGGUGACUGUACGCAGGAAGUGCGUGGAAGCAUCACAGGUGAAGUAUCUUCUAGAUUUUGGCAAGAGAAGAACUAUUCCUGAAUCUGUCAUUAAACAUGGAACCAUGCUUGAAAUAUCCUCAAGUGAGAGGAAGAAAUAUUGGCUGGAUGAGUGUCAUGUUCCUUUAAAUCUCUUGAGAGCUUUUGAAGAAAGAAAACUAGCUCGCAUGGCCAAUAAGAAGAGUCCAGAAAAGCUUCCUGGUGAGGGUGGCAGACCAAUGAAACCCUCCAAGAAAAGGGGACUCUCAUACCUUCUAUCAAAAGGCGAAAUUCCUGAGAACUACCAGUGUGGACAUUGUAACAAAGACCUUCCAGUGGGGGAAGCUGUAAAUUGCCAAUUCUGCAAUGGAUUUUUCCAUAAAAGACAUGUCAGGAAGUCUGAUGGGGCCAUUACUGCCAACUGCAUGUAUACAUGCCACAAAUGUCAGGAUGUGGAAGUGAAACACACAAAAGUGAAAAUGGCGAAGGGAAAAAAGAAACCACAAAAGAGUAAAAAGGCCCCCAAACAUGGACCACCGGAACAGUCACCAGGCAGUAAGAAAGCCACCACAGAGGGAAGGUUGCUACGACCACGAAAUGGUAGUAAAGCUACCACAGAUGCAAGGUCUGUACAAUCCCAAAACAGUAAAAAAGUCUCCAAAGAUGGAUCUUCUGUAGAUUCAUGGAAUUCUAAAAAAGCCUUGACAGAUAGACGUCCAGUGCAGUCAGGGAAAAGCAAAAAGGUCUUGAGAGUUGGACGACCAAAACGUGCUGUCAAGAAAGUGAAAUAUGCAUCGUUGCAAAGUAAAAGGCUUGGUGUACGCAAGAAAGGGAAACGAGCCCAAUCUAAAAUUGGAAUAUCCAAUAAAUCUGUGAUAGGCAUUUCUUGGCACAAGAGAAAGAGAACACAGGUUUAUCAUGCUUACUGGCUAAAUGGUCUUCGGUUAUCUCGUAAAGUGAAUGACAAACGUGUAAUUCCUUUUAAAGAAAGGAAACUUAUUCUUCCAUCCAAAAACUCAAGUGCUGCCAAUAUGCAAUACAAAUGCUGUCUUUGUAAUGGAGGAAGCUAUGCAUCCACAAUAAUCUAUAUUGGUUGUGAAAGCUGUGAAGAUUGGUUUCAUGGAGAUGCCUUUGGUCUUACCGAGGAAAAACUUGGAAGUAUACUUGGAUUUAAGUGUCACAAAUGCCGUCAGAGAAAUCCACCUCUCUGCCCACAUCUGCAAGAUACAAUCGUUCAACUGCAUGAUGUUAAAAAAGAUGCAGAGAUGCAAUAUAAUAAGGAUCUAUCUGAUGUUGGCCUUUUUCUGAUUGGGCGAGAUGACAAAGUGAAACCACCACCUGGAAAUUCUCCAUGUUUCUUAGAUAUGCAUGCAUCUACACAUGAGCUGAAAGCAGAUGCAAUUGCAGAUUCUGAUCAGAUUAUUGGGGUGGAUUGUUUGAUGGAAUCAAAAGAAGUGCAUGCAUUUUCCAGUAAUGACUGGAAAGAAGAGACAAUUCCAGAUUUUAAUGAUAUGGAGCAGAAAACAGAUCCAGAUUCUAAUCAUACUCUUUUGUUGGAGUGUAAAACUGAAUCAGAAAAGACAAAUAUUUUUUCUGAUGAAUUGCUUGUUAGAGAAGGCCAUCCAUCUAGCAGAUUUGGUGAGAAUUUAAUAGAAACAGAGGUGGGUUCAUUAAGAAAUAAUAAAGUUGAAACAGUUUUGGUGGAGAUGACAGCCAGCUCAGAGAUGAUGCUGGUGGAUGGAAUACUUGGUGAUUACGGUGAGUUGCCCAAGCAGAAAGUGGAUGCUGUUUCAGAUUCUAAUCAGACUCUCUUAUUGGAUUGUGAAAUUGAAUCAGAAAAGCAACAUAUCGUUUCUGGUGAAUUGCUUGUUGGAGAAGGUUAUGCAUCUUGCAAAUCUGAUGAAAAUGUAAUAGCAACAGCAGUGGCAUCUUCAGGAAAUAAUGAGGUGGAAGAUGUUUCAGAAGACUCAGAAAAAGUGCUGGUUGCUAGAACAUUUGAUGACUCCAAAGAGUUGCAUAACAAAACAGUUCUGUCAUCAAUUGACCAUUAGAUACCAGGGAAAGCAUAGUGUAAAUUGAUUUUUUUUUUCUAAAUAUUUAACAAUUUAUCCUGC